GCAGUGGAUGUGGUAUACUUGGACAGAGGGGUGGUAGUGGACGUGGUAUACUUGGACAGAGGGGUGGCGGUAGACGUGGCUGUGGAUGUGGUAUAUUUGGACAGAGGGGUGGCAGUGGAUGUGGUAUACUUGGACAGAGGGGUGUCGGUGGACGUGGUAUACUUGGACAGAGGGGUGGCGGUGGACGUGGUAUACUGGGACAGAGGGGGUGGCGGUGGACGUGGUAUACUGGGACAGAGGGGUGGCGGUGGGCGUGGUAUAUUUGGAUAGAGGGGUGGCGAUGGACAUGGUAUACUCGGACAGAGGGGUGGGGUGGACGUGGUAUUCUUGGACAGAGGGGUGGUGGUGGACGUGGUAUACUUGGAUAGAGGGGUGGCGGUAGACAUGGUAUACUUGGACAG